AUGACAGCCGUAGACGUCCUCAUUGUUGGUGCUGGACCGACCGGCCUCGUUUUAGCUGUCGCGCUCACCCGGCUUGGUAUCAAAAUCCGUAUCGUCGACAAGCAAAAGACAACAGCAGAGACUUCAAGAGCCAUCGUCAUCCACAGUCGAACCCUUGAGUUCUACCAGCUGCUGGGCCUCCUAGAUGAUAUACUUCCACGCGGGCAUCGACUAGAGGUAUUGAAUCUACGGACUGAAGGUGCACAGUCCGUACGAAUUCCGUUUCGUGACGUUGGCGCGGGGUUGACUCGAUACCCGUUCGUAUUUAUUCAACCUCAGAGCAUUCACGAGCCGAUUUUGGAAGCCAAGCUGAAUUCGCUGGGAGUUUUCGUCGAGCGCUCCGUCGAGUUUCUAGAUCAUAUUGACCAUGGAACGCACAUCACUGCACGUAUACGCCCUGUUGACCAAGAUGAUAGCAUAGAGACCGUUGGCCAAGAAGAGAACGGGGAGACUGUCGAAACAGCGUUCCUCGUUGGCUGCGAUGGUGCUCACUCUACAGUUCGUCACGGAGUGCACGUGGACUUCAUGGGCAGCCCAUACCGGCAGACAUUCUUCGUGGCAGACCUGAUCGGCUCAGGACCACCUGUGGAUGGCGAAGGUCAUUUCAACUUCGGCGGCGGAGAGGACACUAUCAUGGUUGUUUCAUACGAACAGUACCCAGGCGGGACACACGUGCAUGUGCUUGGUGCGGUGGAGAACAUGUCUCCGCAUGCCCAGUUUGACGAUGUCAGACCCAUCCUCGAAAAGGAAGUGAAGUUGACAACACAUGAAGUCAAGUGGUUUACCACCUAUCGAGUGCACCACCGCGUUGCAGAGCGGUUCAGAAAGGGCAGAGUCUUUAUCGCAGGAGAUGCAGCACAUAUCCUGAGCCCUCUAGACGGACAAGGGAUGAACACGGGCAUUUCCGACUCGGUAAACCUUUCCUGGAAACUUGCCUCUGUGGUGAAGGGCAAAGCGGACGAUUUCCUUCUGGAUUCCUAUGAGAAGGAGCGAAAACAGUUUGCGGAGAAUCUGCUGGACACAUCAGACCACAUCUUCACAGUGGUGAUGGACAAAGGCUUCGUCAGGACGACCGUCCACGAAGUGUUGUUUAAUCUGAUGCAACCUUCAGGAUCGUACUCCGCACUGCCAAGUUUCUUCUUCCGGACCCUCUCCCAGACCGGCCGUAACUACUAUGAUAGCCCGCUGUCCCAAGCAGAGGGACCCGGAGAAAUCAAACCCGGUGAUCGAUUACCUUACUGCAAGGAGGACGCGACUGAUAAUUACAUCAGCCUGGAUGCAUUACAAUGGCGGAUUCACAUCUACGGAACACCAACAGAGGAAUUAAAAGCCUGGUGCCAAGAAAAGAAAGUGAGACUGGACAAUUUCCCUUUCAAUGAGGACAUGGAAAAGAAGUGUAUCGUGCAGGAUGACAUCUAUCUGAUCCGACCGGAUUCCUUUAUCGCUGCUGUUUUCGAGCAGUCACGAAUAGAUCUUUUGAACGGCUAUUUUACUGCUCGUCAUAUCCAGCUGUCGUAA